AUGCCUUGUACAACACAUUUCAGAUUUGCAAAUUUAGUGAAAAAUACCAAAAAUGUGGAAUAUGUCAAACUCAUCGUAUCCUGCCUGGAUUAUAGUUCUGAGGAUUCUUUCAAUCGUUUUAUCCUUCAAACAGCUCUUACUAGUGCUAAUGUGAGUGGUAGAAAAUGGACAACUCGAUUUUUGACUAUUUUGUUGUCCCACAACAUCAAUGAUUUCUCUAUUUGGGGAAUAAAAUUAUUGUUGGAUCAACUUGCGGACUCCUCGGCAAAACUUGUCCGACAUUCGUUGCGUCUAUUACACCUUUGGAUACCGCACUAUCCAGAGAGUGUUUAUCUUAUCAAAGACAUAUGUUUGGAUGAAUUUGGUGACGCGGGGAUUUUGCUAAAGGCGUAUAUUUUUUCCAGUGAAAGUUACGUAAAGGAUAAUUCUCAUGAUACUUUAGCAACUCUGGAUUAUUGGAAAAAGAAAUUCAAUAUGCGUUACGUCGAGAUAAUUGAUGAGGAUGUCAGGGUUGCUUUGUUCGAUUCGAAGCGUUCAAUCGAUGGACGGUAUGCAAGGUCUUCAAAUGAGCGGAUUGGUAAAUUAAAUGUGCCAAUGCCAGUACAUCUUUAUGGACAACUAGCACAGCAUGACACUGGUCGUGAACUACUGCUAAGAUCGAAUGAAGUUAAUCGAUUGCUUGAUGUUUUACGUAAUUCGCCUUUACCAACAGAUGCUUAUCAAACGUCCAAAUUAAAAGGUGCGCUGUACGCGCUGGGACAUAUUAUUGCCAAUGUGAACCCAAAUCUUUUACCCUCAGAAGCAGUACCAAUAAUAUGUCGCUUUGCUGAGUGUUGUCCAGUCCUUAGCAUUCGAGGCACAGCUUUCUGGGUUCUUAACCUUAUUGGUAAUACACAGCUUG